ACUGGAAUUCAUCAUUGUUUAUUGUAGACGAGAUGGAGAACCUUCGAAGGAGAGAGAUUGUAUUCGACAUGAAAAGGCUUGCAAAAGUCACAGCAGAGUCGGUCGGGGCUGCUCAAUGCAUUUUCGUCACGAAGUACGCCGACGGCAUGUUCAACAAAACAUUCCUCAUGAGUCAUGACUAUGGGAGAUGGCCGAGAUGUUGUAGCCAAGUUAAUUUUGAACUCCGCCGCCGCCAAAUCCUGCAAAUACGACUGGACUGGGAGGCUAGCAGAAUUCCUAGAACACCAGCGCCCCACGUCCACGCAUGGAACUUACAAGCAAAUUCGCGUCCUGUUGGGGCUGAGUUCAUUAUCAUGGGUAAGGUUGAAGGUGCCCCAUUAUCUCAAAUCUGGAGCACGAUGCAACUACAACAGAGGCUCAAAGUGAUCAUUGCUAUGACCAGACUGCAGUUUCAUUCUCGCAUUACGGCAGCCUGUACUAUGCAGGAGAUGCUCAGUCCCCCGCAGGCGGCCACUAUCUCAAGGAUGGCAGAACCUUUAAUGAUUCAGAGUUUGCUAUUGGCCCGAUUACUGACCGAGACUAGGCCUUCUCUGGCGCAAUAUCUGCAAGAAAUUGGAACGCGAGAGAUGAAAGCAAUCCAGUCUCUGAAACCACCACAACAGAUUGCCUUAUUUUGUGGUCCAAAGCUGUACCAACCCCACGCUAAAAAGAAGCUUAUUGCUUUAGCGUCGUACCAAACGAUUGUCAAUGCCCUUACCCAAAUGCACACCUUAAUCGCCAACCCACGCAUCUGGCAUAAUGAUUUGCAUGAUGACAACAUAUUCGUAGAGCCACAUGACCCUGAAAGAAUCACAGGUAUCAUUGACUGGCAGUGUUGCUAUAUCUCACCCCUCUUCAACCAUAAUCCCGCUCCUGCUUUCCUCGACUGGGAUGGUUUUGAGCCUGCGACGCUCAACCUAGCACCAAGGCAUGACACGUGGGCCGACAUUCCUGGCGGAACUAGCGACAUUCCAUCCCCGUUUGACUGUUCGAGAAUGGAUCUCGAGCGCAUCAAGCUGGGUAGUGAUAAUGCGGUAGCAGGCACUGAGCUUAUGUCUGAGGUCAAGGAGGAAAUGGGCAUUCUGUGGCCUGACAAAGGCAUUAUCAAACACGCGCGAUAUGAUGAAUGCAAAGCUCCCAUUGAUGAAGUCAAAUGUCAGAUACCGGGGCAAUUGGCUGAGACCUGGUUCUCUCGGCUUAUUUUCACAGAUUAG